CCACGGCUCAUAAAAACUUUGUGUCUCUAUGUAUUAAGAGAUGGCUCCACUUCUUGGAUGUCAUAAGCUCACCCCGAGAUUCUCCCGCGACAUCAUUGCGCUCUUCAGUUGGAUUUAGGAAUGCGAAGUGAUAACGUGAUUUCGUGUCUGAUUAAUGAACACUCAAAAUGCCCUUCCAGUAUAAGAAGAAAGAUUUAACAAGGAACAGGAGUAAUUUGAAUUUAUCAGUGAUAAAAAAUGCUUUAGAUGAUAUUGACAAAGGAAAAUCUAUUAGAGGUGCUGCUCUGGAGUAUGGAAUAGAUAGAAAUACAUUGCGAAAUUAUCUCAGGGAUAGACAAAAAUUAACUAAAAUAAAUGAACUAGGAAGCCAGUUCAAAACUUCCCAAAUAUUCUCAAUAGAAGAAGAAAAAAAACUCGUAAACUAUCUUCUGACUUGCAGUAAGAUGAAUUAUGGGUUGACUAGAAAAGAGGCUCAGAAACUGGCUUGCGAGUAUGCAAAGAUCAAUUCAAAAAGAGUUCCACAAUCUUGGACUUCCAAUAAAAGUGCUGGUAAAGAUUGGUUCAGAGGAUUUAUGCGAAGAAACUCUGAACUUAGCUUAAGAAUCCCCGAGGCAACCAGUUUGUCAAGGUCAACAAGCUUUAACAAAAAAAACGUAGCUGAUUUUUUCGAAAAUCUGAGAAACGUUAGAGAAAAAUACAAAUUUGAAGCUCACAACAUCUAUAAUUGUGAUGAAACUGGCUGUACGACUGUUCAAAAUUGUCCGAAGGUAUUAGCAGGCAAACAUGUACGUCAAGUAGGACAAGUUACUUCAGCCGAACGUGGCUCACUUGUGACGGUUUGUUUCGCCGUUAACGCUUUAGGAAAUAGCAUUCCACCUUUUUUUAUUUUCCCAAGGGUUAAAUACAAUGACAGUUUUGUAGCUGGUGCACCAACAGGCUCAGACGGCGAUUCCUAUCCAAGUGGAUGGAUGACAAUAAAAAGUUUUGUGAAAUACAUGAAGCACUUUGUUAAAUAUUCGAACGCAUCACUUCAAAAUCGAGUCCUGCUCAUUCUCGACAACCAUGAGAGUCACGUCAAUAUUGAAGUUAUCGAAUAUGCAAAACUGAAUGGAGUAACUUUACUGACCUUACCACCACACUGUAGCAACAAGUUGCAGCCUUUAGAUGUUGCUAUUUAUUCAUCUUUCAAAGCCAGAUAUAAUGCAGCUAUGAAUAAUUGGAUGCUGAGUAACCCAGGGAGAACCAUUACAAUUUAUAAUAUACCUGGUUUUGUGAGCACUAUCAUGUCGCAGGCUUUCAGUCAAUCCAAUAUAUUGAGUGGAUUCAGAAAAACCGGAAUACACCCUUAUAACCCAGAUAUCUUCACGGAUGAGGAUUUUUUAUGCUCCUCAGUAACGGAUAAAGAGAUGACUGGUGAACUUCAAGACCAGGUUGCUUUGACAGCUGACAAGCUCACAAACUACCUUUAGAUGUUACCAGUGUUGAAUCAGCUUCAUCAUCAACUAUACAACUAAUUUCAGAGCCUUCGACAUCUGCAUCGGGGAUCGCGGUCACUGCGCAAGAAGUGGUAUCUAGUUCAGAUAUUAAAAAUGCAGAAUCCGGGAUAGGUCUGAAAUCAAAAAUAAUUUUGCCAGAAGUAAUUAGACCUUUUCCAAAAUCUGCUCCCAGAAAAACUAUUCGUCGUGGAAGACAGCCAGGAAAAACCAAAAUUUUGACUAAAACACCAGAAAAAUUCGAUUUGAGUGUUAAUGAGGAACCGAAGGAAAAAAAAAUUAAAAUGGAAACAACAAAGGCUAAAACAAAGAAAAAAACUGUCAAAAGACAAAUUUUACAGUCAAGUGACAGUGAAAGUAGUCCUGAAGAAGAACUCGAGUAUGAUGAUAGCUCUGAUGGCUUAUAUGACGUAGAUGAUUGGUAUUGUUUUUUAUGUGGGACAGACGAGAAGAUAGCCAUGCGACUGUGCGCUGUUUGUGGAAAAUAUGUCCAUGAAAUGUGUGUUGGGCUAACGAGAUAUGACAAGGAAGAGUUUAUUUGCCCUCAUUGCUCAAAAUGAGAGAAGAUGAGGAACUAAAUUUUCGUAUUAUGUAUAUCAGUGAUACUCAUUAGUUUACCAAAUACUUAUUUCUCACCCCUUAGCUAUGGUUCCUAUUUUUUUAUUUUUUUUUUAUGUUAUACUAUGUGCAUUGACAUUAAAACAUUAUAUUUUUGAAUACAGUCAGUAUUUUAACUUAUCAUUUUACCUUUUUUCAAGUUCGGGUAUUGUCUCCCCAUAUGGAGGGUAGAGUCUCCCACCCAGGUGGGACAUAUUAGCCAAAAUUAUAUUUGUGAGAAUUCGUAUAUAACUUUUAAAUUAUUUGAAGUACGCCAUUCGUCCUUGAGACAAAAUGUAGGUUAAUAGUGCAGCUUAAUAUAAAAUCAACAAGAAAAAGCUAUAUUUUAACCCAAUAAGAAAUAUGGGUAUUUUGGUGAGAAGCGGGUCAACUCUCCCGGACUC